UUCGUAUAUUAAGAAAAAAAGAAAAGAAAAGCAUCUACGCAGCAGCCCAACGCCACGCGAGAUCAAUCAUAUUCUUGGGCGCAAUUUUGUACGAGUGUGACACAGUUACGCACAUGUAAAGCCUUGUGCACCAGAUCUAAAGCCCUCUCCAGAUCCGGCAUCGUUUCCUCUCCGACCCGCCGCCGCCUCCUACCGCCCUCGUUUCGAUCAGAUUCUGGGGGAAUGGCUUCUCCGGAAGCCGAUUCCCGCCUCCCCCUCGUCCUCGCACCCGCCCUCGAGAAGAUCGUCAAGAACGCGUCCUGGCGCAAAGGCCACUCCAAGCUCGCCCACCAGUGCAAGUCCCUCAUCGAUCGCCUCUCCCACCCUCCGCCUCCCCCCUCCCCUUCCUCCCCUAACUCCUCCUCCUCCCUCCCCGGCCCCCUCCGCGACGGCGGCUCCGCCGUUUACUCCCUCGCCGACUCGGAGAUUUUCCUCGCCCCCCUCAUCGCCGCAUGCUCGUCUGGCUCCCCCCGCGUCGCUGAGCCCGCCCUCGACUGCGUCCAGAGGCUCGUCGCCCACUCCUACCUCCACGGCGAGGCCGACCCCGCCGGCGGCCCCGACGCUCGCCUUCUCGCCCAGCUCAUCGAUGCCGUCUGCGGCUCCCUCGCCCUCAGCGGUGGCGGCGAUGACGCCCUCGAGCUGCUCGUUCUCAAGACCCUCCUCUCUGCCGUCACAUCCACCGCGCUCCGUAUCCACGGUGACGCCCUCCUCCAGAUCGUCCGCACCUGCUACGACCUCUAUCUCGGUAGCAAGAACCCCGUCAAUCAGACAACCGCCAAGGCGUCGCUCAUCCAGAUGCUCGUCAUUGUCUUCCGCCGCAUGGAGGCCGAUUCCUCCACCGUCCCCGUCCAGCCGAUUGUCGUCGCCGAGCUGAUGGAGCCCGCCGAUCGCUCGUCCAACGCUGCUGCCGCGGACGUCAGCUUCGUCCAGGGGUUCAUCACCAGGAUCAUCAGUGACAUCGAUGUGGUGCUGAACCCUUCCACUCCGCUGGCCCGUACUGAGUCUGCCAGGAAACACGACGGGGCGUUCGAGACCACGGCGGUCGAGAACACCAACCCUGCUGACCUUCUGGACUCGACGGACAAGGACAUGCUGGAUGCCAAGUAUUGGGAGAUCAGCAUGUACAAGACAGCCCUGGAGGACAGGAAGGAUGAGCUGGGGCCGGAGGGAGUGGUGGACAGAGAUGAUGAAGCAGAGGUUCAGAUUGGGAACAAGCUGAGGCGUGAUGCCUUCCUGGUGUUCCGGGCCCUCUGUAAACUCUCCAUGAAGACUCCUCCGAAGGAGGCAGUGGCUGAUCCUGCACUCAUGAAGGGAAAGAUUGUGGCUUUGGAGCUGCUCAAGAUUUUGCUAGAGAAUGCAGGAGCUGUGUUUAGGACUAGUGAGAGGUUUUUAGGUGCUAUUAAGCAGUAUCUAUGUUUAUCCCUUUUGAAGAACAGUGCUUCAGCUCAUUUGAUUGUUUUUCAGCUGUCGUGUUCCAUUUUUAUGAGCUUGGUAUCAAGAUUUAGACCAGGAUUGAAGGCAGAGAUUGGAGUUUUCUUUCCGAUGAUUGUACUUAGAGUUUUGGAAAACGUUGCUCAACCGAUUUUCCAGCAGAAGAUGAUUGUGCUUCGUUUCUUGGAAAAGCUUUGUGUAGAUUCUCAAAUUUUGGUGGACAUAUUCAUUAAUUAUGACUGUGAUGUUCACUCUUCAAAUAUUUUUGAGAGGAUGGUAAACGGUCUGCUUAAAACUGCUCAAGGGCCUCCCCCAGGGGCUCCCACAACAUUGGUACCACCACAAGAUGUUACAAUGAAGUUUGAAGCUAUGAAGUGUCUAGUGGCAAUUUUGAGGUCAAUGGGAGAUUGGAUGAACAAACAAUUGAGAAUUCCUGAUCCUUACUCCCAAAAUACAGAAACCGCAGAUGGCAAUACUGGUGGUAGUAAUGAACUUCCUCUGGGAAAUGGCAACAGUGAGGAGCCUGCUGAAGUAAGUGAUUCUCACUCUGAAACAGCAAAUGGAACCUCAGAAGUUGCAUCUAUUGAGCUGCGUAGGGCUUACAAACUAGAACUUCAGGAAGGUAUUUCACUUUUUAAUCAAAAACCUAAGAAAGGCAUUGAAUUUCUUAUUAAUGCAAAGAAGGUGGGUGACUCACCUGAGGAAAUAGCUGCUUUCCUGAAAAGUGCAUCGGGCUUAAACAAGACUUUAAUUGGUGACUAUUUAGGAGAGAGAGAAGAUUUAUCCCUGAAAGUCAUGCAUGCAUAUGUGGAUUCAUUCGAUUUUGAAGGGAUGAAGUUUGAUGAAGCAAUCAGGUGUUUCCUACAAGGUUUUAGAUUGCCUGGUGAGGCACAAAAGAUUGAUCGCAUCAUGGAAAAAUUUGCUGAGCGCUACUGUAAGUGCAACCCUAAGGCUUUUACAAGUGCAGAUACAGCUUAUGUGCUUGCUUACUCUGUAAUAAUGCUCAACACCGAUGCUCAUAAUCCGAUGGUGAAAAACAAGAUGUCACCAGAUGACUUUAUAAGAAACAACCGAGGUAUUGAUGAUGGAAAGGAUCUGCCAGAAGAAUAUUUGAGAUCCCUGUAUGACAGAAUUUCCAAGAAUGAAAUCAAGAUGAAAGAGGAUAAUUUGGCUCCUCAACAAAUACAAUCUUCAAAUUCAAACAAGAUUCUUGGCUUGGAUGGCAUUUUAAACAUUGUGAUACGCAAGCGACAUUCAUCAACAGAGACUAGUGAUGAUAUGAUCAGGCACAUGCAAGAGCAGUUUAAAGAAAAAGCUCGCAAAUCUGAGUCAGCAUAUUACUCUGCAACGGAUGUGGUAAUUUUAAGGUUUAUGAUCGAGGUAUGCUGGGCCCCAAUGCUUGCUGCCUUUAGUGUUCCUCUUGACCAGAGUGACGAUGAAACAGUCAUAUCGUUAUGCCUCGAAGGAUUUCGUAGUGCGGUCCAUGUUACAGCAGUAAUGUCUAUGGAGACUCAAAGAGAUGCUUUUGUUACUUCACUCGCAAAGUUUACAUCCCUUCAUUCAGCAGCAGAUAUCAAGCAGAAAAACAUUGAUGCUAUUAAGGCUGUUUUAUACAUCGCAGAUGAAGAUGGUAACUACCUUCAAGAAGCUUGGGAACAUGUUUUGACAUGUGUUUCUCGGUUUGAACAUUUGCAUCUUUUGGGAGAGGGAGCUCCUCCGGAUGCCACAUUUUUCACAAUACAACAGACUGAACUUGACACAUCUAAUCAAACCAAAUCAUCAAUCCUAACUACAACGAAGAAAAAAGGACCUUCAUCUGUUGUUGCCAGAAGAGGUACCUAUGAUAGUGCUGGGGUCAGUGGUCAGGCUUCUGGAGUUGUUACAUCUGAGCAGAUGAAUAAUUUAAUUUCCAAUUUGAACUUGUUGGAACAAGUUGGAAUUGCUGAAGUGAAUCGCAUAUUUGUACGAAGUGAAAAGUUAAACAGCGAGGCAAUAAUUAAUUUUGUUAAAGCCCUCUGUAAGGUUUCAAUGGAGGAACUACGCUCUGCAUCUGAUCCUCGUGUUUUCAGUCUGACAAAAAUAGUCGAGAUCGCACAUUACAAUAUGAACCGUAUCAGGCUUGUGUGGUCAAGCAUUUGGAGUGUGUUGUCUGAAUUUUUUGUUACCAUUGGCUGCUCUGAGAACCUUUCAAUUGCAAUCUUUGCAAUGGAUUCCUUGCGUCAAUUGGCUAUGAAAUUCUUGGAGCGAAAAGAAUUGGCCAACUAUAACUUCCAAAAUGAGUUCAUGAAACCAUUUGUUAUUGUUAUGAGGAAAAGCAGAGCUGUCGAGAUCAGAGAGCUGAUCAUCAGAUGUUUCUCUCAGAUGGUGUUGGCUCGUGUUAGUAAUGUCAAGUCUGGGUGGAAAAGCAUGUUCAUGGUAUUUGCAACUGCAUCAUAUGAUGAUCACAAAAAUAUAGUCCUUCUGGCCUUUGAGAUCAUUGAGAAGAUUUUACGGGAUUACUUCCCCUACAUAACUGAAACGGAAACAACCACCUUUACUGAUUGUGUUAAUUGUUUAAUUGCAUUUACUAAUAGUAGGUUUAACAAAGACAUUAGUCUCAAUGCAAUUGCUUUUCUUCGGUUCUGUGCGGCUAAGCUUGCAGAAGGAGAUAUUGGUGCUUCUGCAAGAUACAAGAACAAGGAGGCUUUUGUGAAUAAUGGUCCCCCUUCACCACACAUUAUAAAGGAUGAAAAACAAGAUACUCCAUUGAUCAUUGACAAGGAUGACCACCUACACUUAUGGUUUCCACUUUUAGCAGGUUUAUCGGAACUCACUUUUGACCUAAGACCUGAUAUUAGACAAAGUGCCUUGCAAGUGCUAUUUGAUACAUUACGAAAUUGUGGUCAUCAUUUUUCAUUGCCCUUAUGGGAGAAAGUGUUUGAUUCAGUCCUAUUCCCUAUAUUUGACUCUGUAAGACAUGACGUUGAUACCCCUAGGGGAAUUCCACAAGGACAAGGGUCAGAAAAUGAUACGGAAGAGCUCGAUCAAGAUGCUUGGCUUUAUGAAACAUGCAAGCUGGCUCUUCAGUUAGUUGUGGACUUGUUUGUGAAAUUUUAUGACACAGUAAAUCCACUUCUGAAAAAGGUUUUGACAUUGCUGACAAGUUUGAUUAAGCGUCCUCAUCAAAGCCUUGCUGGCAUUGGCAUUACAGCAUUUGUUCGCUUAAUGAGCAGUGCAGGGCCUUUAUUUGUUGAGACCAAGUGGGAGAUUGUUGUUUUGUCUUUGAAAGAAGCUGCUAAAGCCACUCUCCCUGAUUUUUCAUAUAUUUCAUCUGGAGCUCAUCUUGAUAAUGCAGCAUCAGACAAUGGGAAUUCUCCUCUGAUGCAAGAGAAUGGUGAAUCUAGGGGAUCAAUAGAUGAUGAUUCAGAAGGCCUGAGAACGAGAAAUUUAUAUUCUGCAAUUGGUGAUGCCAAGUGUCGUGCUGCCAUUCAAUUACUUUUAAUCCAGGCUGUGAUGGAGAUAUAUAACAUGUACAGAGCACAAAUAUCAGCUAAGAAUGAACUUUUACUUUUUGAAGCAUUGCACGCUGUGGCAUGUCAUGCACACAAGGUGAACAGCGAUGCCGACCUAAGAUCCAAGCUACAGGAGAUUGGUUCCUUGACCCAGAUGCAGGAUCCUCCAUUGCUACGCCUUGAGAACGAGUCAUACCACUUAUGCCUUGUUCUGCUUCAGAACAGCGUUGUGGACCGACCUCUGAAUGGUGAUGUAGAAGUGGAAGCACACCUUGUUCAACUCUGCAGAGAGGUCCUGGAGGUGUAUCUUAAAGCAGCUAAAGGGCAGCCCGUUGUAGCUUCAACUGGCACUCAACCUCGAACUCACUGGCUCAUCCCAGUUGGUUCUGGCAAGCGAAGAGAACUCGCAGCUCGGGCACCCGUUGUUGUGUCAGCUCUGCACGCCAUAUCUGGACUGGGUGAUACCCCCUUCAGAAAGAACCUGGCCUUGUUCUUCCCCCUUCUUUCAUGUCUGAUAAGCUGCGAGCAUGGGUCUACUGAGGUACAGGUCGCACUAAGUGACAUGCUCAAUACAUGGGUAGGUCCAAUCUUGCUUCGGGCAUGUUGAACACGGUAUGAUGAUCUCAAUUUUUAGGGCUUUGAGGUGGAUUUAUGUCAGUUUACUGGAUGCUGUUUUGGCUGUUCAUUUUUCUUUUUGCCUUCGGAACCUCGUAUGAACAGUGUACCAGAAAGCAGAGAUGGGGGGAAGAUUUGAUGUUGUAAUCUAGUUUUUCAUUCUGUAAAUAUGUUGCUGGUGGAAUGUAUUUCAUUGUUGUGAUGUUUUCCA